AACCGAAACACAAACGGGACAUUGUUCGUAUGCUGAAGGAGGCUGGAUAAGUUGUAGCUAUGACCGGAGAUGGAGUGAAUGAUGCUCCAGCAUUGAAGCUUGCAGACAUUGGUAUCGCAAUGGGAAUUGCCGGAACUGAGCUCGCCAAGGAGGCGUCCGAUAUGGUUCUUGCGGAUGACAAAUUCAGCACCAUUGUGUCCGCCAUUGCGGAAGGUCGUUCUAUUUAUAAUAAUAUGAAGGCAUUCAUCAGGUACAUGAUCUCCUCGAACGUUGAAGAAGUUGCUUCAAUCUUCUUGACUGUAGCACUCGGCAUGCCCGAAGGCCUAAUUCCUAUUCAGCUUCUUUGGGUGAAUCUCGUGACUGACAGUCCUCCGGCAACCGCAUUGGGUUUCAAUCCCCCUGAUGCCGACAUCAAGAGGAACCCACCCUGAAGAAGUGAUG